CGUGCGGCCUGUAGGGGGCAGACACGCGCACUGACUGGAGAAGACAACAACAAAGGAAGAACCGGAAGUGACUGGGGGUCGUCUUAGCUGGUGAGUAGAGAGCAGAGGAGCCACCUUAGCCCGGCUCUUUUUGUCCCUCCUCAACAUUUAAACCGGGUUCUCGGUUCCUUCCCGCCGGAGGAGACUCCCGGCUCGUGUGACGCGACGCGGCCGCUGACGGGGCCCCGCCUGGGGGAGCAUGUCGGGCCGCCUGGCCUUCCAGACCCAGCUGGCCUCCAUUAUGGAGGUGCUGGCUAACGCGGCGGUGGCGGAGAUCUGUAAGCUGGUGGACGAUGACUACGCGGUGGUGAGCCUGCAGAUGUCCCAGUGUCAGCGGGAGAACCGGGCCCUGAAGAGGAAGCUGCACCUGCUGGAGCUCAAGAUGGCGCGGGGCAACGCCGAGAGGAGGCUCCGGGAGGCCGCGGGGAGCAGCAGCCGGACCAGGGUGCAGGUCACCGCUGUAGACCGGCUGCGGGAGUCCGCCUCGACCUCCAGCUGCACAGACGGGGGCUUUGGGGAUCGGAUGGACGUGGUUGUGUGGACGGGCGGAGCUGCUGCAGGAGGCACUGAGCUGAUCCACUCUGAGCAUGCAGAGAGAAAGUCUUCGGAUGUGGAGCUGGUGGAUCCAGAGCUGGAUGAGGUGGCGCUGGUGAAGGGGGAGAAGGUGGAGGCGAACAUUUCGAGAGUUAAAGUGUCGAAGGAGGAAGAGGAUGUGGUGUCGCUGAUCAGGGAUGAUGGAGUGGUUGAGUGUGUCCCCUCCAGAGCUGCAGAACAGAGACCUGGUCUCCAACAGCAGGACACCCAGUCCACCCCCAGCCAGAUCCAGAACCAGACCCAGACCCAGACCCAGAGUGUGACCCCCGGCAGCAGCAGGAGGAGGUGUGCGGGCAGCAGAGGAGUGGAGGGCCAGGCUCUUAAAGAAAUUUCGAGUAGCAUGUGUGUGCAGACACAAGACCACAAUCCUGGGACUGCAUUUCAAGGACCCUUGUUGACCGUGACAGCGCCACCUAGUGCACCGGAUAGCAAAGGACCUCAUUUUAGUGACGGGAUGGAUGAUGAUCAGAGUGUGCACAUUACGAUCCAGCGCGGGCGAUCCCUGCCCAAACUGAGCCGAUGCUCUUCAUGCUGCUGGAGCUUCCACUGCCCGUUCUGCAGCUCUGCUCUGUGCCGCCCCACAAAGCUGAGCAAGGUCAAAACACACCUGGAGAACCAUUUCAACCGGGCUGUUCUGCAUGAAGGGUAUACCAUUCACAGGUGUGGGCUGGGCUGCCGGAAACAGCUGCAUUAUCACUGUGUGUACUGCCAGUCUACUCUGUCACGCAAACCAGACUUCAUCAAACACCUGGGGUUAUGCAAACAGAAGCACAAAACUACAACACCACCUGUCCCUGCUCCAACAAACAUCUCCACCUCACCUACUACAGCCACUGCUCACCUGGUGCCAUCAGCGUCCUCUGCCACCUCAACCGGCUCUCCAGCUCUGACGACCAGCCCGGGCAGACCUGGGCAAAGGGUCCGGGUGAAGCCGGUGAUGCAGAUAAAGUGUCCCGUCUGUCAAGUGGUGAUGAACAAGCGAAAUUUAAAGAAGCACAUAGAGAGGAAGCACACAAGCCAACAUGAGAACAAAUCAGCAGCCGCCCGCCUCGACAGAGAACCUGGAGAUCCUGGAGGAGAAACCUGCACCGUCAACAAAUCUAUCCUGGGUCCGAGAAUGUCUGCAAGUGUCCAGACUGAAGGGGGGGAGGAAGAUCCGCAUCAAGCAUAGAAUCAGUGAUUAUUCAGUUCAACUGUAAACUUUAUGUACUUCACUUCUGCAGCUACCUCUCUGCCUGCACACACCUCAGGGGUCCCGCUGAGUCUUUCUGGUCUCAGAUGUCCCAGUCUCUUGUCACUAAUGUCCCUAUUUUUGGUGUCCCUGUCUCUGGUCUCUAAGGUCUUCUGUCUCUGGUCUCUAAUGUCUCCUGUCUCUGGUCUCCCUUAUGUCUCUGGUCUCUAAUGUCUCCAGUCCCUGGCGUUUGUCUCUCUAAUGCCUCCCGUCUCUAGUCUCUAAUAGGGAUGUCCCGAUCAGGUUUUUAUUGGCCUCGAGUCCAAGACUGAGUCAUUUGAUUUUGAUUAUCUGCCGGAGACCUGAUCUGAUUCUUCUAAAAAAACUGUAGCUAGUUCAGCAGCAGGAAAGAGGCUGCAACACUCAUCUGUAGUUUAAUUCACACCUGUGGCUCAUACAUCACUCGCCUCCAAGUGGUGCUGAUUAUUAACUGUUUCUCAGUAGACAGCCGUCAAUGGCAAGGAUAGAAACACUCACACUCUGGGUCAUGGUGCAACACAACAAAGACUUUCCCAGCAGCCUUUGCUUCCCACUAGCCCAUAGCAUAACUCCUGUAACAGCAAUGAAGCGCAUGAGCUAAGCUCAUAAACAUGACGAACAGAACAAUACUCCCAUAAUCCCCCACGGCCGUCACAGUACAUUUAAAAAAUGAAGAAGACCAAAGAAACAGAUCCAGGAUGUCCCUUAAAGAAACAAGCAAAUAAAAGUGCCAUACUGUUAUAAAUAAAGUAAGGCCAGUAAUGUGCUUUGGAACUUCACACCUAAUUCUCAGUCUCCUCCUCUGGCUUCACAGAAGGAGGUGUAUGUUCUUAUUGAUGAAAAUAAUUAGACCAAUAGUGUCACUGCACCAAAGUGAUGUCAUGCUGUAUGCGUUGUUUCUGUGUGGAGAUGAGACAGUCUGACUCUGCACCACCACAUAACGGUAUAUAAUUAUUAUUAUUAUUUUUCCCAUUUGUUUAAAAUAUUAUAGAUCUGAUAAAAAAUAAUGGGAAUAAAAACACGCACAUAUAUAUUGUGACGGUGGGAGCUUGUGGGAGUAUUUUUCUGUUCGUCAUGUUUAUGAGCUCAGUUUAUGCGCUUCAUCAUUCUUACAGGAGU